AUGAAGAAAGAAAGAAAAAGGCGAGUUACAUAUGGAAUGAAGCAACAACAAAAGCAUCAACUGCGCAGCAUAAUUGCCUUAACAAAGAAAGUGUCGGAGAAAGCUGCUCAAAAUAAAAUGUUGCAAAUAACUUUCAUUGUGGCACCAAGCCAUGAGACUUUGACCGAAAAACUUUUAAUCUUCACAUUUCGAGACUGA